AUGCAGGCCUACGGUGAGCUAGUUGAAGUUGAAGGGAAGGUGGAUUGGAAAGGAAGACCGGCCAUCAAAAGAACGCAUGGUGGAAGACUCGUUUCUUUGCUCAUACUCGCUACAUUUGCACUUGAGAACAUGUGCAGCUUACCACUUGCUGUGAAUUUGGUCACAUAUUUCAACAGUGUGAUGCACCUUAGUGUAGCUGAUGCCGCCAAUGCAGUUACAAAUUUCAUGGGCACCAGUUAUAUCCUCUCAAUAGGCGUGGCCUUCCUCGCAGAUGCGUACAUCGGCAGAUACAGGGCUGUUAUUCUAGCUGGAUGCUUGGAGUUCAUGGGGCUUUCAUUACUAACACUACAAGCUCACUUCCCGAAGCUUAAACCUCCACCAUGCAAUAUCUAUGACCUAACUUCUCGGUGUGAGAAGGUAGAUGGAAGCAAUACAGUACUUCUCUAUGCCGCUCUCUACUUGACAGCUGCUGGGACGGCCGGUGUCAAAGCCGCACUACCAUCGCACGGUGCAGAUCAGUUCGACGAGAAGGACCCAAAAGAAGCUACGCAGAUGUCUAGCUUCUUCAAUUGGCUCUUGUUAAGUGUAUGUAUUGGAGCUGCAGUUAGUCUCACAUUGAUAGUAUGGCUCCAGACUCAUAAGGGGUGGGAUUGGGGUUUUGGGGCGUCUACAAUCGCCAUGUUCUUUGGUGUGAUCAUCUUCGUUGCUGGAAUACCGUUUUUUCGGAUCCAUGUUAGCCAAGGAACCACUGUUUUCACUGAGAUCUUCCAGGUUUAUGUUGCAGCCAUUCGAAACAGAAAUCUCCGUCUCCCGGAGAACCCUGAGGAGCUCUAUGAGAUUGAAAGAGACAAAGAAUCCGGAAUUGAAGUGGAAUUACUACCCCAUAGGGACAUUUUCAGGUUCCUAGACAAAGCAGCAAUCCAAACCACAAACGUAGAAUUCAAUUCAUCCAAGCCACAAGUUCCGAGCCCAUGGAAGCUAUGCACGGUCACCCAAGUAGAAAAUGCAAAGAUCAUAUUCGGUAUGAUACCCAUCUUUUGUAGCACCUUCAUCAUGAGCACAUGCCUUGCACAGCUCCAAACCUUCUCAAUCCAACAAGGCUCCACCAUGGACGCUCGCAUAGCUGGCAACUUCAAAAUCCCACCGGCAUCUCUCCCCAUUCUCCCAGUUAUCUUCAUGAUCAUCAUCAUCCCCGUCUACGAUCAGCUGCUCGUCCCCUUCAUUCGCAAGUUCACAGGCCACACCACUGGCAUCACUCACCUUCAACGCAUCGGCGUUGGCCUCGUCCUCUCAUCCAUUUCAAUGGGUGUGGCUGCGAUCAUGGAAGUGAAACGGAAGCGGAUAGCUGAGCAACACAAGAUGCUGGAUGCCAUGCCCAUCCUCGAACCACUGCCCAUCUCCACCUUUUGGCUGUCCUUCCAGUUCUUCAUAUUCGGGAUCGCCGACAUGUUUACAUAUGUUGGACUGCUUGAAUUCUUCUACUCUGAGGCCCCAAAGGCGUUGAAAUCCAUGUCCACUUGCUUUCUUUGGAGUUCUAUGGCAGUUGGCUACUUCUUCAGCACCAUACUGGUGGAGAUUGUGAACAGUGCCACCAAAGGGUCCACCAAAAGUCGGGGUUGGUUGGGUGGAAAUAACCUGAAUAGAAACCAUUUGAAUCUAUUCUACUGGUUGCUUUCCAUACUCAGCUUAAUCAACUUCUUUAAUUACUUAUUUUGGGCUAGGUGGUACAAGUACCGGCCUCAGCCACCUAUUGUUAGUAAUGUGACUGGGAAAGUUGUUGAUUUGAAUGGAAAUCAUGAAUUGAAAGAUUAG